AUGUCGCCCCGCCAACCUCGUAUAUUGAUUUGUGGAUCGGCACUCGCAGGAAACCUUGUUUGGGCUCAUGAAGAAGCCAGACAGUUUUUUGAUGGGCUCGCCGAUCUUGUUGUUAUGGAUUCUCCAAAUCGCGCAGAUUUCCUUGUGGGGCUAAAAUCAGGAGGAAAGUACGAUCAAAUCGUGGGCAUCUACCGGCACAACACCUCCGCAGACCGCAUCGGUGUCUUUGAUGAAGAGAUUAUCGAUGCUCUGGCUGAGACGGGCACUGUUAAGUGGAUCGCGCAUAACGGUGCGGGUUACGAUCAGAUCGAUGUCUCACGAUGCGCAAACAAAGGUAUCAGCGUGUCUAAUACCCCUGGCGCUGUUGAUGAUGCGACUGCUACUACGGCGUUGUACCUUGUCAUCUCUUGUCUCAGAAAUUACGCUUGGGCCGAACAAUCCCUUCGUCAAGGGACGUUCAAAUCGGGUCUCGAUCCUGGGCGGGCUCAUGAUGUUACGGGACGCACGCUGGGUAUCUUAGGUCUCGGCGGUAUCGGUCUUAGGCUUGCUCAUCUAGUACACGCAUUCCCUAUGCGCGUUGUCUAUUACUCGAGGAAUAAGUCUGCCAAUGCACCAGAGUGGUGCGAGUACAUCGACAGCUUGGAAGGGCUUUGUCGAGAAAGUGAUGUUCUGAGCUUGCAUGUCCCUUUACGUGACGAGACAGUUCAUUUGGUGGGUGAAAAGGAGAUUCGGGUGAUGAAGAAGGGCAGCAUUAUCGUGAAUACCGCGCGUGGAAAGGUCAUCGACGAGGAGGCGAUGAUUCGAGCUCUUGAAGAUGGUCAUUUGUCGUCUGUUGGCCUAGACGUAUACCCAAAUGAACCUCUCGUCAAUCCGCGUUUACUCGAAUUCCCGCAAAACGUGCUCCUCCCCCACAUGGGAACAGAGAACCAGGAUUCUCAGCGCCACAUGGAGGUUCGUGCGCUCACUAACUUGAGAGAUUUCCUUCGUGAUGGUCAAGGGAAUGAUCUAAUCCCCGAGUUGCGGAGUAAACUAUGA